UGAAUACAUGACUUUGUUAACACAUAUUAUUCUAGUAUAAUUUACACAAAAUGAAAGUGAAUUUUUAUUUCUCUGUCUAAAUUCGUGUUUAUUUAAUAAAAGCCGGUCAACAGAAUCCUGAGAAAUGUGCACAUCCUGAAAGUUCGUUAGAUCAUUUUAACUACUAUACGAAUGAUGUUCAAAUUUGUUGAGAGUUAACUACCUGUGUCGUCGCCAGCUGUGGUUAUUCGUUCCCGAUUCACGUCAAUAUAUUCCACCUAUGGGAAAGUUGGUCUAGACUGACGUAACAUCCAAGUCCAUUGAAGUCGAGUGGCAUCCACGGCCACUACACAGUUCAGUGCUGCUGUUGCUGGAAAAUGUACCGCCCCACUUCUGUUUCCGUCACCAGUUCAUGACCAGAUAAUAAAACAGCUCAGUGAACAAUAUAUAUAAUUAUGAUAUCCAGUGCAAGCCCUUUAUCUAUCGAAAUCGUGUUAUACACAAAUCGAUCAUGAAGAAGAUGACCUUUAAGAAAGGGGAGUUCCAGUUCUACAAAAAGAAAUGAAAACAUUCACUUUUAAUAAGUUAGAUCUUAUUACAACACGCACGACUCUUGUUGGGCUCUAAUCUUCAAACCGUUAAAGAGAGCACUUGUGUUUUAUGUUAUUACAGCUCAAACAAACGCCAACCGGUAGAGCUAACAACCCUCGUUACAUCAAUAAACAAAACGCCUUCAUUUCAGGAAGAAUCGUCAACCUAUACCGUAACCAUCUUGUUUCACGGAAGAGUGUUGUACACUAAGAUCUCUCCUCGAAAUCAUGAUUUUUGUCUGACGUACAAGAAAACCCACAACAGGUAACAGCAAGACAGAUUACUGUUAGGGUUCAUUCUGCAACUGUCAGUUCGAUCAACCUUAGAGUAAUACAAAGACAGGAUUGUCUUAGUUUGUUUCACACAAAGAACUGGGCAAUGACUUGAAGAAAAAAAAAAGUACCUCUGUGAUCGAUCUACUACCAAACUGGUCUAGAGGUUUUUCAGUGUUAGUCGAAACGAGGGAUCAUAUGCUGAUCACUCAAUAAGAUUACUGACCACUUGAGAAAACCGUAGGAGAUAAAUUAAAAUCCAUGAACGAGAGCGGUAUCUACCUGGACAUACAUUCCGCUUCCGGCGUACAGAGAAAAAAUGACAAGUUACGGUCAACUACACAUGUCAUAUUUUAUCUGGAUUCAAACAAUACAUUGGAACUAACAACAGCAAAUGCUUCUGAUGAGAUUUCGUUAACAGGAGAAAUGAAUUUGACGAAACUUCAUGAGAACAAAACCAUGGAAAACAUUGUAGAAUCAAUGACGGUUACCAACAAUACGUCCUCUAAUUUAAUCGACGGAUAUAACUGGCUAAGCUUACUUCUUCUGAUGUUUGUUAUUUCAGGGGUCUUAGGAAACGUGCUAGUCUGUCUCGCGAUAUGUCGAGAACGUCGUCUCCAGAACGUCACUAAUUAUUUCCUGUUGUCGCUUGCUGUGGCUGACCUACUUGUCUGUAUGGUAGUCAUGCCAUUCGGGAUAGUGGAUCAGCUAUUUGGUUAUUGGCCCAUUGGAUCUUCGGCCUGUAAUGUCUGGGUAACAUCUGACGUUCUUGGUUGUACCUCGUCUAUUAUUCACAUGUGUUUUAUCUCACUUGGCCGCUACUUGGGGAUUCGCAAUCCCCUCAAAACUCGCGGAACCUCCAAAAAGGUCGUUACGAUGAAAAUUGCUAUAGUAUGGUUGGUUUCCAUGGUAAUAACGAGUCCAAUCACAGUGCUUGGAAACAUUGACUCUGAAAAUAUACACUCAACAAAUUAUACUUGUGCUAUAAAUAACCGCUUUUUCUUUGUAUUUGGUUCGUUGUCUGCCUUCUAUAUUCCCAUGUUCGUUAUGGUGACAUCCUAUGUCUUAACAGUCCGCUUACUGCAACAAAAGGCUAAGUACUGCGCAGAAAAAUCCAGUCGAAGGGUGCCCUUCAUUAACCGAUCUCGAAGGCACUCAUUACAAGAAACAUCAACCAACCCCCUUGGUACCACCUCCAAGAAAGAAAGCAAUACGUGCAACAAGUGUGGCGCUCGUCAACAUCAGGACAUGCAUGAAGAAGAAACAUUCCUAGAGCCUCAUCACGGAAACUCACGUGUAAGUUACGUAGACUUUCAUGGUUCCCUGAACAGGCAAAAUAACAUAAAAUUCAAAGUAAUAGGAGGAAUGAUUUGUGCUCUAGGUACCAGUUCGCAGGUGAUGAAUGAACAAAAGGCGACCAAAGUUCUUGGAAUUGUUUUCUUCUGCUUUGCUAUUUGUUGGACUCCCUUCUUUACGUUAAAUAUUCUGUUUCCAUUCAUAGACCCCACAACUUUUCCCGACUACCUCACAACUACUUUCCUGUGGUUGGGUUACGUGUCAUCCACUAUUAACCCUAUCAUUUAUACCAUCUUCAACAAAAAAUUUAGAAGAGCUUUCUGGAGACUCUUGUCGUGCACAUGUUGUUUAAACAACGUUAGGUCUCCCACCAUUAACGAAAUGGCUACAUGGCCAACAAAGUCUACACCUUUUGUAGUCAAAAGUGAUCCUCCGCCUGCUAGUCGCAUAGAACCAAUAUACUGAAUGUACUCAAUACUCUCUGCCUUGUCCUUAUCAAUAUAUUUAUUUUGCAUUAGAGCCAUCUUCCGCUUAUGCAGUAAAGAGAAGUAAUGCGAAUGUUUGCAUUAGAGCCAUCUUCCGCUUAUGAAGUAAAGAGAAGUAAUGCGAAUGUUUGCAUUACAGCCAUCUUCCACUUAUGCAGUAAAGAGAAGUAAUGCGAAUGUUUGCAUUAGAGCCAUCUUCCGCUUAUGAAGUAAAGAGAAGUAAUGCGAAUGUUUGCAUUAGAGCCAUCUUCCGCUUAUGCAGUAAAGAGAAGUAGUGCGAAUGUUUGCAUUACAGCCAUCUUCCGCUUAUGCAGUAAAGAGAAGUAAUGCGAAUGUAGUAAAAUCAGUUCUUCUCUCCCACGAAUUGCAGAAUAAAUCUGUUGAAAACAACUGAACGACUUACAACCUCCAAAUCCCAAUGUCCAGAACGUAUUCUCACAUUCCAAUCACACACAGUCAGUUUUCAACGUUUGAUAACUUAGUAAUUCAUUGCACGACGUAGUAAUGUAAUGUUUGUGUUGUAUUUUCACGGUUUCUUAAAGCUUAAGAAAAGAACAUUUAUGCACCUUUCUUGAACGUGAUUUUGUGAAGAUAUAAAGGACCAGCUUGGCAAAUUUUAUGUUUGAAAACUUUCCUUCAAGUUGGCAGCUUCUGUCCCAGUACAAUGAAAUACAAAAUACUCGGAAUAAAUAAUACUUUUAGGCUAGUGAGCAGUUGAAAGUGUAAGACUGAAAAAUUUCCAUCACAGAAAAUAUUGUUAUUCUAGCUAUAAAAGUUAAAAAAAUAUUAACAUUUAUUUAUAUUAAAAACGAUGGAAUAAUUGAUUCGGAAUAUUUAGAAGAGCUACACGAUAGAACAGCAAAGAGCUGGCAACAUUUUUGUAAAUAUGGAAUAAGAAAAAAGUUAUUGUUCUAGCCAUAUCAUGUUAAAAUAUCUAUAUGUACAGGUUUAGUCAUCAGAAUAACCUUAACAUGAUAAGACUGCUGAAAUUACAGCCUGCAAGUCAUAAACUACUUGAAUCUAUUAUA